UGAAUCAGUCUGCGAGCGAGCGGACCGGACCGGAUAAUCGAGAAUGGUGUGGGGCUCCUUUAUGCUCGUGUGCGUCCUGGCGCUGGCCAGUGUGGGUGGAGUGAGGGCCCGACAGGGAUUCGGACCCGGCGACCAGGACUGGGGCUAUGUGGACGUCCGGGAGGGGGCGCACAUGUUCUACUGGCUCUACUACACCACGGCCAACGUCAGCCACUACACGGAACGUCCGCUCGUCCUGUGGCUGCAGGGCGGACCGGGCGGAGCCUCUUCGGCGCUGGGCAACUUCAUGGAGCUGGGACCCGUGGACAUGCACGGAGAGCCCCGCGAAGGCAACUGGGUGCAGCAUGUCAAUCUUCUCUUGAUCGACAGUCCCGUGGGGUCGGGCUACAGCUAUGUGGACAACACAAGUCUGCUGGUGGCGAACAACGAGGAGCUCACCGAGGACCUAAUGACCUUCAUGCUGUACUUCUACAAGGCCCACAAGGAGUUCAAGAGCGUGCCCCUGCACAUCUUUACGGAGAGCUAUGGCGGCAAAAUGGCCCCGGCGCUGGCCCUGAAGAUGGACCUGGCCAUGAGGAACGGCGAGCUGGCCGAGCCCAACACCCUGAAGUCUGUUAGCAUGGGCAAUCCGUGGAUAUCGACGCGGCACAUCUGUCGCGAGCACUCCAGGUACAUGCUGGUGAACGGCCUGAUCGACGAGGACGGUGCCAAGCUGAUAGACGCCCAGGCGGAGAAGAUCCUGCUCGCCCUCAAGGUGCACAAGUUCGAAAUGGCCACGGACGAGUACCUGGAGUGGUUCGAUCUCAUGCAGAACCUCACUGGCGAGGUGUACCUCUACAACACGCAGACCCAUGUCGACCCGGAGGAGGAUCGCACCUAUGGCUACGGGGACGACUUGAACCGCUUCAUGCAGGAGAAUAUCAGCGACGCCCUGCAGAUCAACGGCAGCAUCUACAAGGCCCAGGUCAUGGACGUUUUUGUCACCUUGCACGGCGAUCGCCUCAAAUCGGAGAUAAACACGAUUCCUCGUCUGCUGAACGAGACCUCCGUCAAGAUCAACAUCUUCUCGGGACAGCUGGAUUGCCUGGUCCCCACCACAGCCACCCUGGCCGUGAUCAAAGAUUGGGCCUGGCACGACAAGGCGGAGUACGUUGAGGCGCGACGCACCCCCAUCUUCGUCGGGGACAGACUUCAGGGCUACGAGAAGGUCGGAGGUCGGUUCGGCAUGUACUGGAUCAACCGCUCCGGGCACCAGGCCCCCCUCGACAAUCCCACUGCCAUGCAGUAUGUCUUGAAAGCCGUGACACAGUACAACGAACAGCAGCUGGAUGCUGAAUAAUAAUUAGGUUUACGUAUAAUAAAUGUACAUCUGCAAUCA